AUGGCAACUAGCAACCUGUCAACAUUGGAUGGUUGGUGUACGUCACAGUUAAAGAUUGUCCUUCUUGGUGGCAGAGACUCUGGAAAGAAUGCUGUAGGAAACUUAAUCCUGGGUAAAGAAGAGUUUGGAACCAAAGAGAGGACUUUAUGCUCCAGCAGGAUUGGGGAAGUGGCCGGACUGCGGCUCACAGUUGUGAAUGCUCCUGGCUGGUGGUGUGACUCCAGUGCUCAGAGCACACCUAAGCUGGUGAAGAGGGAGAUCAUAACCAGUGUUGCUCUCUGCUCACCAGGCCCACAUGUAUUCCUUAUAAUAAUUAAGGCAACCCCUGUCUUCUCAGAGAAGCGUCGGAGGGCUUUGGAGGAGCACAUGGCCCUGCUGGGUGACACGGUGUGGAGUCACUGCAUGGUUGUUUUCACCUGUGCUGAGAAGUACAAAGACAAAAAUCCUGAAGAGUAUGUAGAAAGAUGGGGAAAGGCCCUCCGCUGGCUCAGUGAAAAGUGCAGCCAGAGGUGUCACAGUGUUGUCCCGAGUGAUAACUCUGAACGCACAGUGCUGCUGGCAAAGAUACAGAAACUUGUCACAGAAAAUGGAAACAGUGUGUUUGAAAUGCAGGAAAAUUUUUUACGAGUGAAUCAAGAGGAGAAGAGAGAGAUGGAGGAGAGAACUCGGCUGAGGUUGAUGAAAAUGAGAAAACAGAGAGAAAAUAAGUCAAAGGGAGUUACUAACAUCAGGAUUGUGCUCCUUGGAGCUAAGGGUUCUGGGAAGACUUCAGCACUCAACACAAUCCUGGCAAGAGAGAACAACCCUAAACCCAUUAGGACAGUUUGUUGCCAGGCUGGACAAGAAAUGGUGCUUGGGAGACUGGUAACUGUGGUGGACACACCAGGGUGGUGGAUGAACUACUUCUGUGAUGAGAGCUCCAACUUUGAUCGGGGGGAAUUGGCGCUGAGUUCGUAUUUUUGUCCUCCAGGACCUCACGUAUUUCUGCUGGUGAUCCGUGUGGACAGAGCAUUCACAGAGACCUACAGAAGAGCAGCGCAGGAGCAUCUAGAUAUGAUCGGUAAACACAUCUGGACUCACGUUAUCCUUCUGUUUAGUUUUGGGGACUGGCUCGGAGACACGCCUAUUGAGCAGUACAUUGAGAAGAACCUCCAACCUUUGACAGAGCUGAGAGUCGUGCUCAUUGGUGGCCCCAAAACAGGCAAAAGCUCCUGUGGAAACACCAUCCUCAGCAGAGACUGCUUUGACACGGCUGCUCAAACUACUUCCUGCACUGAAAGGCAGGGAAAUAUCUGUGGCAAGAUGGUGGUGGUAGCAGACACACCAGGCUGCCUCUCUGUGACAUCAGACUUCUUGAAGGCAUCCUGUGCUAUACUUCUGGUUGUCAAUCUUAGCUCGUCGUUCAAAGAUACCUGGAGGAAAACCUUGCAAAAAGAGCUGGAGGCAGGAGGAGAUCAGUUAUGGAACAGAUGUAUGGUCCUGUUCAGCUAUGGUGACAUGCUGGGUGACACAAGCAUCGAGCAGCACAUUGAAAGCGAAGGAGAGCCGCUGCAAUGGCUUGUUGAGAAGUGUGGGAACAGAUAUCAUGUGUUAGACAAUAAGAACUGGGGAGAUGGAGCUCAGAGGUGA